UCGACCCUCACGAAUUCCCGUCACCGACCCUGCUGCAUGGCCAUUCGACAUGCAAGAAAGGCGAUUUAUUGCAUUUUAUUUCCUAGCAGUUUACACAGCAUUUACAGCCUUCCAGAUUGUGUGUCUGUGUGAUGCACAAAACAUCUCUGGGGAAGACGAAGAAUCCAGCAACAGCACCAGCAGCAGUAGCAGCAGACCGGAAGCAGAGGAAGAACUAACUACAGAAGUGGGGAAAUCAAAACUUGUGGGGGAUACGCUGAAUGCAGAAUCCCAGUUAAGUGAAUCUGCCGCGAACAAGGAAACAUUGAAGGCCACAUAUGGAACGGUGCUGCCAUCUACGAGUAGUUACAUCAGCCUCUACAGUCUCACCAGAGAUGGCAAUCCAUGCAUCCUGCUACAGGUUGAUGCCUCCGUCACCUUUACGUACAAGACCAAAUCUGGAGACGAUCGAGAAAAAUCUGAAUACUUACCCGCGCAAGUGGAAACCAGCGGCGACUGCAAAGAGGAAGAUGCCGCAACUUUUAACCUGAAGUGGGAAUCUUACGUCCUGAGAUGGAGUUUUGCCAAGACUCCAGGUCGUGAGCGAUGGUAUGUGAAUGACGUGAAACUCAGCAUCAGUAUUACCGACAAGCUUUUCCAGAACGUCAACAGACAAGGUCCUCGGUUGCUGAAGACGCACAAGAGCCCCACAAUGCUUUUCCCGACGCCGGUAGGGAAGUCUUACUCGUGCCAGUCAGAAACCUCGGUGGAGCUCCAGGAUGGAGAUGUGAGUGCCACGGUGUUCCUCCGAGGGUUCAAACUCCAGCCCUUUAUCAGCAAGAAGGAUUUCGGUCCCGUGUACGAGUGCUCCCCGGGCGGAGGCUUCGCGUUCCGGGACGAGACCGCUCCAAUCGCCGUGGGCAGCACGCUGGCCAUAGUAGUCCUCCUUACCGUCACCGGGUACGGCGUCUAUCGCUACGUGAAGAUCAAGAAAGUUCAGUACGAUACCAUGGAGUAGCUCCACACAUAACUGAAUUAGCGUUUCAAGUAUUUCUAUUGG